UAUAAAGAACACAAACGUAUCUCACUUGUCUACAUAUCCGAAAAAUCAAGAACAAAAAAUUACUUCGAAUUGCUUAUUUUUGUUUCUAAGCAGUAAAAAUGGUGAAGCCUUUCUUUCACUGUUAUAGAGAAAAAAUGUUCUUUUUAAUCUUGCGCUCUAAUUCUCCAGCUAAACAACUUCUCUUUCAGUUUUUUUAACAGCAAAAUCUGUUGCGUUUGGUGUUUGUUUUUCACCUUUUCCUGAUAGGCGGUUGUUCAACUGCUGUUAUUUUCUGAGUAGGACAAUCAUAUAAAAUUUCUUUUCUGAUUGGCGUUGCGUUUUGCGUCAGUCUACUCUGUUGGGAGUUCUUUACCGGGGAAGGCAGUGUCCAAAGCGUGGGUUAGCUUUGAAGUUGAUGAAAAUUUUCCUCCUGGCAGAAAUGGUUUUCUUGCAGUUUUGAGAAGAUUUGAUGGAUCUGGAGACUGGGUUUCGUCAAAAUCAUUCAAAGGUUAGGCCCCUUUAUUUGGUCAAGAAUUAAAAUUCGAGUCCACCCCUCCUCUUCUUGUUUGGAGUAUCUAUUCAUGCUGCGGUUUCGAUUUUUUGGGGUUUCAGAGUCAAUCCUGGAGGACAAUUUUGACAUUGGCAUAUCAGAGUCUGGGUGUUGUGUAUGGGGAUUUAAGUACAUCCCCAUUGUAUGUCUACAAGAGUACUUUCGCAGAGGAUAUUGAGCAUUCAGAAACCAAUGAAGAAAUUUAUGGGGUUCUGUCCUUUGUGUUCUGGACAUUGACUUUGGUCCCUCUUCUGAAAUAUGUGUUCAUAGUUCUUAAUGCUGAUGACAAUGGGGAAGGGGGGACGUUUGCUUUGUAUUCUCUCCUCUGUAGACAUGCCAGGGUUAGCUCAUUGCCAACUUGUCAGUUAGCAGAUGAUGAACUGUCAUUUUACAAGAAUGAUAGAACUGCUCCACCCCACACUACUGUUGGGAAAGGGCUAAAAUCUUCUUUGGAGAGGAAUAGGGUAUUGCAGAGAGUUCUGCUUGUAUUGGCUUUACUUGGAGCUUGUAUGGUCAUAGGUGAUGGUAUUCUUUCACCUGCCAUAUCUGUUUUUUCUGCAGUUUCAGGUCUGGAGCUUGCGAUCUCUAAAGAGCAUAACAAAUAUAUAGGUGUUCCAGUUGCUUGUACCAUUCUGAUAGCCUUGUUUUCUCUUCAACACUAUGGAACACACAGGGUUGGGUUUCUGUUUGCACCUGUGGUCAUAACAUGGCUUCUCUGUAUAAGCUCAAUUGGUCUAUAUAAUAUAAUUCAUUGGAACCCUCGAGUGUAUCAAGCAUUGUCUCCACAUUAUAUGUACAAAUUCCUGAAGAAAACUCAAAGGGGAGGCUGGAUGUCCUUGGGUGGAAUUCUCUUAUGCAUCACAGGUUCAGAAGCCAUGUUUGCUGAUCUUGGGCACUUCUCCCAAUUAUCGAUACAGAUUGCUUUCACAUGCCUGGUUUACCCAUCAUUAAUCCUUGCUUAUAUGGGGCAAGCUGCUUAUAUGUCACAGCAUCAUGUUAUUGAUAGUAACUAUCAUAUUGGCUUUUAUGUGUCGGUCCCUGAGAAGCUUAGAUGGCCGGUUCUGGUAAUAGCUAUACUGGCAGCUGUAGUGGGUAGCCAAUCUAUAAUCACGGGAACGUUUUCAAUCAUCAAACAGUGCUCCUCUCUGGGAUGCUUUCCAGGAGUCAAAAUAGUACACACUUCAUCGAAGAUACACGGCCAGAUUUACAUUCCAGAGAUCAAUUGGACUUUACUGCUUUUAUGUUUGGCUGUUACUCUUGGUUUCAGAGACACCAAGCGCCUAGGCAAUGCAUCGGGUCUGGCAGUUAUAACAGUUAUGCUGGUCACAACUUGUUUGAUGUCGCUGGUGAUCGUUCUGUGUUGGCACAAGAGUUUCAUCCUAGCUAUUGCCUUUGUACUCUUCUUCGGGAGCAUCGAAGCCUUGUACUUCUCUGCUUCUCUUAUCAAAUUCUUGGAAGGAGCGUGGGUUCCCAUUGCACUGGCUUUCAUCUUCAUGAUGGUCAUGUGUGCUUGGCACUAUGGGUUGCUCAAGAAGUAUGAGUUUGACGUUCAAAACAAGGUAUCCGUUGAUUGGCUACUCGGCCUAGGUCCCACCCUCGGGAUAGUGCGUGUUAAGGGCAUCGGCCUAAUCCACACCGACUUAGUUUCUGGAAUCCCAGCAAUAUUCUCCCAUUUUGUCACCAACCUCCCAGCAUUUCACCAGGUCUUGGUUUUCCUUUGCGUAAAGUCUGUCCCGAUUCCUCACGUCAAACACAAGGAGCGUUUCCUCGUUGGGCGCAUCGGCCCACGGGAGUACCGAAUAUACCGUUGCAUUGUCCGGUAUGGAUACAGGGAUGCACACAAGGACGAUUCAGAUUUCGAGAACGAUCUUUUGUGCAGCAUAGCAGAGUUCAUUCGUGCUGGAGGAAAUGGAGAAGUUGAAGAUUCGAUGAGAAUGGCGGUCGUGGGGACCCCUUCAACUUACCUUGACGGGGGGGUCCAUGUUUGCGAAGAAGAGAGGGGUGAGGGUGGAAGGGGGGAGACAUCAGAGAUCAGAGAAGAAGCGAUAAAGUCGCCCGUGAUACUCAAAAGGAGAAAGAGGGUGCGGUUUGUUGUGCCGGAGUCUCCGAAUAUCGACCAGGAGGCACGAGCGGAACUGCAGGAACUAAUGGAAGCUAGGGAGGCUGGGAUGGCGUACAUUCUUGGACAUUCUUAUAUGCAGGCAAAACGUGGAUCGAGCUUUUUCAAAAAGAUGGUUAUAAAUUUUGGUUAUGAGUUCUUAAGAAGGAAUAGUAGACCACCGGGUUAUGUGCUGAGUGUACCUCAUGCUUCCACUUUGGAGGUCGGAAUGGUUUAUAAUGUCUGAUAAUUUUGGCUAGGCUAUAAAUACAUACAGGAAAACACCAUCUGUGAAUGCUAUCUUUGGAUUCUUUACAGAAUAUAUACAUAUAGAGCCAUAGAGGUGAUAGACACAUAUAGC